CCUGUGCACGCCCGCUAAAGCUUUAUUAUCCUUUACUUCGCUUUGCUUUCAUCAGAACCUUCCAGUUCCGUUCUGCCUCUUUUCUAAGCGGUCCCCGAUCUCCAAGCUGGCCCCACUUUCACCCCUUCUGUCUCAUUUUUCUGCCCCAGCAUUUUCAUUCCAACAGUGCUUGCUGAUUUGCAGCGAUGCCAGCAAGGAAUUGUUAGAACCAUAUAUUGAGCCAGAGAGCAUCUGAGUGUUGGGGGAGAAGGGUUCUUUCAUCCUGGAUAUUGUGAUCUUCCAGCUUCAGGAUUUCUGAGCAGGCCCUCUCCUCAAGGGGGGGAGUCAGGAGCAGACUUCAGCCAUGGAGGUGGGCAAGAUGACUGUGAGCAUCAAUAAGGCCAUUAAUACACAGGAAGUAGCUGUCAAGGAGAAACAUGCCAGAACAUGCAUCCUGGGAACUCACCAUGAGAAAGGAGCUCAGACCUUCUGGUGCGUUGUCAAUCGGCUGCCCCUCUCCAGCAAUGCUGUACUCUGUUGGAAAUUCUGCCACGUGUUCCACAAGCUCCUCCGCGAUGGACACCCAAAUGUCCUAAAAGACUCUCUGAGGUACAAGAAUGAGCUGAUUGACAUGAGCAGGAUGUGGGGUCAUCUGAGUGAGGGCUAUGGACAGCUAUGCAGCAUCUACCUCAAACUGCUGAGAACAAAAAUGGAAUUCCAUAUAAAAAACCCUAGGUUCCCUGGCAAUCUCCAGAUGUCUGACCGGCAGCUCGACGAGGCGGGAGAAAAAGAUGUCAAUAACUUUUUCCAGUUGACAGUGGAGAUGUUUGAUUAUUUGGAGUGUGAGCUGAACCUGUUCCAGACAGUAUUCAACUCCUUGGACAUGUCUCGCUCUGUGUCUGUCACUGCGGCUGGUCAGUGCCGCUUGGCCCCACUGAUACAGGUCAUAUUAGACUGCAGUCAUCUCUAUGACUACACUGUCAAGCUUCUCUUCAAGCUACACUCCUGUCUCCCAGCUGAUACACUACAAGGACACAGGGACCGUUUCCUAGAACAGUUCAGAAAGCUCAAAGAUUUGUUCUAUCGCUCCAGCAACUUGCAGUACUUUAAACGGCUGAUCCAGAUUCCACAGCUUCCAGAGAAUCCUCCCAACUUCCUACGGGCCUCAGCCCUGUCAGAACAUAUCAGCCCUGUGGUGGUCAUCCCAGCAGAGACUUCGUCACCGGAUAGUGAGCCCAUCACUGAUCUGGUGGAAAUGGACACAGCUUCACAACAGAGUCUGUUCGACAAUAAGUUCGAUGACAUCUUUGGCAGUUCGUUUGGUAAUGAUCCUUUCAACUUCAACAGUCAGAAUGGGAUGAACAAGGAUGACAAGGACCGGUUAAUUGAGCAGCUUUAUCGGGAGAUCAGUGGCCUCAAGGAGGAGCUGGAAAACUUUAAAGCAGAGAGCCAUCGCCUGGUGGUACAACUGCGGGGGCGGAUCAGUGAACUGGAGGCAGAGCUGGCAGAGCAGCAGCACCUCAAGCGACAGGCUUUGGAUGAAAGUGACUUCCUUCACACCGAGCUGGAUGAGUUGAAAAAGCAGCGGGAGGACACAGAGAAAGCACAGAAGAGCCUGACCGAGAUUGAGAGGAAGGCACAAGCUAAUGAGCAGCGGUACACCAAGCUGAAGGAGAAGUACAGCGAGUUGGUCCAGAACCAUGCCGACCUGCUACGCAAGAAUGCAGAGGUCACCAAACAGGUAACAGUAGCAAGACAAGCCCAAGGCGACAUGGAGCAGGAAAAGAAAGAAUUAGAGGACUCCUUCCAGCGCAUGAGCGAGCAGAUGCAGAGGAAGUCUCAGGAACAAACAGAAGUCUUGGAAGCCUUGAAGAGAGAGCUUGCAGCCAGCAAGCAGGAGCUGCAGAGCCUCCAAAGCACAUUGGAAUCCAGUACACAGUCAAGAGGAGAGCAGAGCACCAGGAUAGCAAGCUUAGAGCAGGAGAAGGACAGCUGGACUCAGGCAAUGGCACAGCAUAACCAGGAGGUGGCAAACUUGCAAGCAGAACUGCAACACCUAAAGAGCAUGCUAGACAGCGAGCAGGAGAGCAGCACGAAGACUCUGGAGGCACUACAGGCCCAACUUGGAAAGAAGGAGAGCUGUGAGCAGGCCCUCCAACACCAGCUUCUGGACCAGCAGUUUUUCCUACUGCAAUGCACUGUGCAGGAGGCAGAGCAGAUGGUGCAGGACUCCCUGAACCAACUCAGUGACCCCGCUCACAUCAGCUGCGUGAGCUCCACAGAUUAUCUCCUGUCCCGAACACUGGCUGCCUCUGACUGUAUAGAGCGGCUUCAGAACACACAUGGCAAAUACCUAUCCAGCUGCACAGAUGUGAGCAGCCUGCUGCCGUGUGUGGCCAUGUUUGCCCACCUGAUCAGCGACACCAUCUUGCAGGGCAGUGCUACUGCCCACAUGGCUCCUUUGGAGCCUGCUGACCUUCUGUUGGAGGCCUGCAAACAAUGUGGGAAUGAGGCUCUUCAUUACCUCAGUGCCCUAAAAGACAAAGCAUCCCUGGAAAAUGCUGACUGCACACCUGUGAGAAACUGCCUGAGCAGAAUCAGUGCCAUUGGGGAGGAGCUGCAACCCAAAGGCCUGGAUGUAGAGCAGGAGGAGCUGGGGGACUUGGUGGACAAGGAGAUGGCAGCUACUUCAGCAGCCAUAGAAAUAGCCACUGCCAGAAUAGAGGAUAUGCUCAGCAAGUCACGGGCUGGAGACACCGGAGUCAAACUGGAGGUCAAUGAGAGGAUCCUGGGCUCCUGCACAGGCCUGAUGCAGGCUAUCCAGGUGCUAGUCCUGGCUUCUAAGGACCUCCAAAGAGAGAUUGUGGAGAGUGGACGGGGUGCAGCAUCCCCCAGAGAGUUCUAUGCCAAGAAUUCCCGCUGGACAGAGGGUCUCAUUUCUGCCUCCAAAGCUGUGGGCUGGGGAGCAACCAUCAUGGUUGAUGCAGCUGACCUUGUGGUGCAGGGGAAAGGGAAGUUUGAGGAGCUGAUGGUGUGUUCUCAUGAGAUCGCAGCCAGCACUGCGCAGCUGGUGGCUGCCUCCAAGGUGAAAGCAGAUAAGGACAGCGCAAACCUCUCCAAGCUCCAGCAGGCUUCACGAGGUGUUAACCAGGCCACAGCUGGGGUGGUGGCUUCCACCAAGUCUGGAAAGUUACAGAUUGAGGAGAAAGACAGUAUGGACUUCUCCAGCAUGACACUAACUCAGAUCAAGCGCCAAGAAAUGGACUCUCAGGUCCGAGUUUUGGAGCUGGAAAAUCAGUUGCAGAAAGAACGCCAGAAGCUGGGGGAGCUGCGCAAGAAGCAUUAUGAGCUAGCAGGUGUGGCAGAGGGCUGGGAUGAGGAUGACUCUCUGGACUGUUUCUCCUCAGCGACAUCUGGGCUGAGCCCUGCCUGGUGCCCUGGCAGCAAAAGCUUCACUCUGCAUACAACUGCUAGGGUGCUGCUCUGACCUCUCCGUGCUUCCCCAGCCCUGCCAGUGCACGUGUUUAACUGGUGGCAAGCAAAUGCCCUGCCAGAGGUCCAUCCUGGUCUGAACAUUUGGAGAUGUAGCAAAGCCUCAAAUGAGUUCUCUUGCUAGCAUUACUGGGCAGGCUCUGGGCAUGGUGCUGGGCAUUUGUGCCUCCCCCCACUGUGUUUCCCCUCUUGCUUGCUCUGGAGCAGCUGUAUCUGUGGGGCAGGCUCUGCUAGGGUUGGGCUGUGCCUUUGCAGUCAUCCCAGGGGUGGAGUGGAACCAGUGCCUUUGCUGCUGGAAGAGGCCUGACUGGUGUACUGCAGGCCUGCUCUCCCUUAAGGUCCUACCACGCUAGGAAUAGCCAUCCCUGGAGCAGCUGACCCCAUCUGAGCCCCAGCACAUAGCUAGGGGGAACUUGCCUCCUUGAAGGCUGGUGCUUAGAGAGCCUCUGGGGUGUCUGUUUUGUUUGCUGUUGACUGCAGUGGAUAGUUCACUGUCCAGCCUCUUCCACAGACUCCUUCUACAGAGAUAACAUCUUUACAGUCAUUGAGACCCGUGAUGACUGCAAGUGGGGACUUGGCCUGAUAGCAAAGGAGAGGAUUUAAUGCAUUAUCAGCCUGUUAUCUCAAACUCACCCUCUCUUGAGGAGCAAUUCUGUUCCCCAGCUCCAAGCAAAGGAGCAGUGGCCAGUAGGCUCCCAGGCCUUGUUCCCCAUCCUUGUGGCAUUUAGAGUCCUUGAUCACUGUGUUAGUGCCAGCAAUAAACCAUUGUAAAAGGUGCUUGGCCUCUGGCACAGGGAAGUGUCUGCCUCUGGCUUCCUGCUGCUCCAACACAAGCCUUAGCCCACUGGGAGUGUGCUGCAGCUGGACCAGCCCCUGCCUCCUAGGGAUGGGUAUACCUGCCCCACCAGCUCAGCACACCUCAUAGGCUGGCUAGAAAGUGGAGCUGUGGCACUGUGUCCAGCCAGGCUGUAAUCAAACACCCUAAGAUAGUUCACCAGUCAGAUCAGAAUCAGUAGUGAGCACUUGUACAGAUGGGAGGAGCCUUGAACAGCAACUAGAUUUUGCCCACCUCACCCUCUGCUUUGCCCCAGUGCAGCCAUUGGUUAGUGCUGAGCAGAAGCCUCCCCUGCCC